AAUAAAGUACAUAGGUAUUUUAUUUUUCUUUAAAUUAUCCAUCACGAUAAGUUUAUAAAUUAGCGUAAUAACUGGUACCGUGAACGUAAAUUCAUACAUGUAGGCAUUCACAAUCUGUUUUUUCUGCCGCAGGCCAGUAGAGCUGGAGAGAGAGAGAGAGAGUAGUUAUCAUUUAAUAGAAGAUAUUUUACAAUAAACUCAAUCUUGCUAUAGAUAUUUUUAAGAUAAGACUUGGACCUCAUUUCUCAAAGUGAGUGUUAGCAUUCACAUGAUCCAUGUGAAUGGAUAAUAUAAUAAUAACACUAAUCACCAGGUGUACCAUGAGUUCGCUCAUCCGUAUAUACAAUUUAAUAAGAAAUUAUCAAUGAUUCAUCACCAUCAUGGCUGAACAUUGGCCAGGGGCAUAGCUACCGCAUAGAUUUCCAGAGACUGUUAGUGACGACUUGCAUAAUGUAUCCAGUAUCUGCCACCUUCCUCAAAUAAAACUUGAAUAUUGCGCUGCAAACUUGCAAAUUAAAAGAUGCAAAAACUUCUCCAAAUAGAGAUAUAAUAAUACUUUAGCUUGGUUCUAAUUAAAAAAUUGUAUUGUAAUUAGAUUCGAAAUCAAAAAAAUUAGUAUGGAUGUAAUGGCUGAUUAACGAAAAAAAACACAUCUCAUGUAUUUCUUAUAUUAACAAAUUCAAUUUAAAAGUUAUAUUGUAGUUGAAUGAAAUUAUAUGUUGUCGUAUGUCGUAAAUACAAUGGUUGAUUGUAGCGAGUGGCGACAAUAGGGCGGGCGGGGUGUGUACGUGGCACGGCCAGGGCGGGCGGGGUGAGGAAGACGGACGAGGGGCGGAUGCGACGCGCAGUGCUCCUCGCGCAGGAACGGAGCGGUGUUCACUCGGCAGCGCGCCGCGGCGCGACAUGCCCAGCUGAUGUUUAUUUAUACCGCGAGCUCGGUGGAGGGUGCGCGCGGGAGGCCCUCCCCUCCGCGGCACCACGGCUUCGCGUGAUGCAGCCGAGCGAGCUAGCCGAUGCCGCGCACGCUGCUAGCGGAAACCCCCCGCAGCGCGGCCUCAACGGUGGCCGAUUCGACUUUGACGAUGGUGGUACAUAUUGUGGUAGUUGGGAUGACGGCAAGGCCCAUGGCCACGGAGUGUGCACUGGGCCUAAAGCCCAAGGAGCCUACGCCGGUUCUUGGAACUUCGGUUUUGAAGUAUCGGGCGUCUACACCUGGCCCAGUGGGAGCACUUACGAAGGACAAUGGCAGAGUGGAAAACGGCACGGAUUGGGUGUCGAAAACCGCGACCGGUGGAUUUAUCGCGGUGAAUGGACACAAGGUUCCAAAGGCCGAUACGGCGUACGACAGAGCACAAUUAGCAACGCCAAGUAUGAAGGCACAUGGGCUAACGGAUUUCAAGACGGCUACGGCUCUGAAACAUACGCCGAUGGUGGCACAUAUCAAGGACAAUGGAUGCGAGGGUGUCGUCAUGGAUACGGCGUCCGUACAUCAGCACCUUUCGGACUGGCGUCGCAUUACCGGGCCGCGUCGCGCCAUCACCGCGGCUCGAUGUCUUCGCUCACGGAAGUGGGCAGCGCCUCGGAUCCUUCGGAAAGGCGAACCAACCGUAUGGACGACGCCCGAGGUGGUUUCGUGUUGGCGCGCCGCUCCGACCGGCCCUCGGGCAGACGCGGUUCACUUUUCGAGAACACGAAAAAGGGAUUGUUUACUAGGCUCGGCAAGCCGCGCAGUGCGGGCGACUUGGACAAGCACGGCGGUGGCUCGGUUCGCUCCGGCUCGGGGGACUCGACCACCUCCUGGGUGUCCUCCGUAGAGAGCACGCACUCCGCUAUGACCCAUGCCUCUCAGCACACUAAUUCGAACACGAGUUUUAUGGUUGAGGAUGAACAUUUGGAUGCCAAUAUCAUAGAAACAUAUAUGGGUGAAUGGAAAAAUGAUAAACGUACUGGUUACGGCAUCAGUGAACGUAGCGACGGUCUACGAUACGAGGGUGAAUGGUUCGAGAACAGAAAAUACGGAUACGGCGUCACAACUUUCCGCGAUAACACGAAGGAAGAAGGCAAAUAUAAGAACAACGUUCUCAUCACGAGCCAAAAACGCAAACACAUGUUCCUGAUGCGCUCUGCCAAGUUCAGAGAACGUGUCGACUCAGCAGUUAACGCUGCUCAACGAGCCUCAAAGAUAGCGUUGCAAAAAGGGGACAUUGCAAUUUCCAGAACCGCUACAGCACGUGGUAAAGCCGAACAAGCGGAUGCAGCCGCAGACCAAGCAAAAGAAGACUGUGAUAUAGCGCAAAUGACUGCGAAGCAAUUCGCACCAGAUUUCAAACAUCCUGGUUUCGACCGAAUAGGAUUAAGAGAAAAAUACAGACAAAAGGCUUACGACGCACAAGUUGCACCACCCGUACCGCAAGAAUCUGAAAAGAUCUUGGACGGAAAGAGCAUUCCAAAUCAUAUCCCUCCGACGCACUCACAGCUUCCACAAACAAACGCCGUACCGAACGCAAUGCCCAGAAGACUUUCUACGCAAUAUCCUAAAACUACUGGUAAUCAACCAGUUGACCCACGACUUGCAAACAGUUCAAAUUACAAUUCAGAUAACAGAAAUCUUGGACCACCACACGACCCAUACCAUUCCUCUCAACAAGAUUCAUGGCCUACAAAUUCACAGUCAUAUAUUCCGGACACACACAAACAGUAUGUACCAAAUGAACAAAUGAAUACUUAUGGUACCGGUUCUCCAGGUGUACCACCAAACCCAUCUGCUCCAUAUCGUCAGAACAGGCAAGAUUCAAUAUCUCAACAACAAAGUUAUGAUCAGAGCGGUCAACCAUUUACGAAUCAAGGUCGGAGAUUGUCGUCAGCAGUUAGAGCCACGGCAAACCAACGACCACAACAGGAUUGGAACGCUCAACCCCAACCUCAACAAGCAACAAGGCGCCAGAGCGUUCUCGGUCAACCUACGUAUGAUACGCAAGCUAAUACCUACGUUGACGGGCGCACCGAAUUUCGCUCGGGAACGGUACACUCUGAAGGUGCCUUGCUGGAUAACAAGCAACCUGGACCAACAGAACCGCAAAACUAUCGGCAAAACUAUGACCAAGAUAAUAAUAUGUAUAGACAGACAACGCAACCAGAUCAAGCAUAUAGACAAGGAACGGUCGACAAUCAAGCCUAUCGUCAAACACAUCCCUCUGAACAGGACGCUAUCAAUGGAGCACGAGAUAAUCGACAACCAGGAACACGUCCUUCAAUCGAUGAUUCGAUUGACUUGGAUGACUUGUUGCCUAAGAUCGGCGAAUUUGGUAUCUAUCAGAAGCUCCUCCUUUGGCUCGUGUGCCUGCCGGCAUGCCUGCCUUGCGGAUUUUGUGCGUUCAACCAAUUAUUUAUGACAGAUGUGCCUGACCAUUGGUGUAAAGUGCCCGAACUGCAAAUGCUAAAUAUAACACAAUACGAACGUAAACUGUUAUCGAUCCCAACAAAGGUGAGGUCUUAUUAUUUGAAUUAUAACUACUGUUUUGAGAAAUGCUUUAGAUAUGCAAUGGAUUGGUCUGACAUAAGGAGUGUAUCAGAAAUUCAAUUAAAUAAAAACUUAACCGUGGAACCUUGCUAUGACGGAUAUGAGUUUAAUAUAACAGAAGUAUCCUCAUCUAUAGUAAUAGACUUUAAUUUAGUAUGCGAGUAUGAUGUCUACCCUACACUUGGAUUGGUCGCUUUAAACGUUGGAGGACCCAUUGGCGUUUAUUCUUUUGGUUAUUUAAAUGACCGGAUAGGUCGAAAGAAGUCCUUCUUUAUCUGCUUAACUACACUGCUUAUCGGAAGUAUAAUGACAUCAUACGCUCACGAAUAUUGGCUUUGGGUACUCGCCAGAGCUAUCGUUGGCUUAACUAUUCCAGCUGUUUACCAAAUUCCUUUUAUAAUAUCCUUAGAACUUGCCGGACCCAAUUACCGAUCUUUCGUGACAGUCAUGACAUGUAUAUUUUAUACGUUGGGCUUGAUAUUACUAUCAGUAGUGACCUAUCUUCUACGAGAUUGGAGAUCUCUGGCAUUAGCUACUUCAGUUCCCUUUACUGUGUAUUACUUAUAUUGGUUUGUUUUACCUGAAUCGCCACGAUGGCUUUUGAUGCGAGGACGACUAGAAGAAGCUAAUGAUAUUCUACAAACUAUAGCAAGAGUAAACAAAAAGGAAUUACCCGAUGAAUAUAUGAUUAAACUGCAAAAGUUAAUUUUAGAAUUAAAAGAGGAUACACAACAAAAAAACAAACAGCAAGAAAGUGUGUUUACUCUAUGUCGUACACCAAAUAUGCGACUCAAGACGUUUUUGAUCACAUUAAAUUGGUGCGCAUCUGAAAUGGUAUACGUUGGCCUAAGUUACUACGGCCCGGCUAUUGGCGACAAUCAGUAUAUGAGUUUCUUUCUGUCAUCCGCCGUUGAAAUACCGAGCUACCUUAUAUGUUGGAUGCUCAUGGAUCGUAUUGGCAGAAGAUGGCCUCUAUGUUUAUCGAUGGUUAUUAGCGGCAUUUUUUGUAUCGUAACCGUUUUACUACCGAAAGAUGCCAUCACAGAAACGCUCAUACUUUACCUUAUUUCAAAAUUAUUUAUCUCAGCAUCUUUCUUAAUAAUAUAUCCUUACGCUGGUGAGCUCUAUCCUACGGCAUUACGAGGAGUGGGAAUAGGUACUUCAGCGUAUAUUGGUGGCUUGGGUUUGAUCAUAAUCCCAUUUAUUAAUUACCUGGGUUCCAACAACUUAGUUCUACCUCUUGUAGUCAUGGGAGCAGUAUCAGUUGUCGGGGGUUUAAGCGCCCUUCGACUGCCGGAAACACUACAUUGUCCGCUACCACAAACAGCCGAGGAAGGAGAAGAGUUCGGCAAGGACUGGACGUACAAAGAUUGUUUUACAUGCGGAGCAAAAACAGAAGCAACAACCAACGAUUCUUAUGAAAAUCUGGACCAGUUAGAACUAACACAAGCACCACUCGUAGAAGUUGACGAAGCGGCAGGAAUUGCACCCAAACGACGUAGCUCUAUGCGGAAGUUGCUCCGGCAAACCAGCGUCGUUGAAACCCAACGGGAUGUAGACGGAAACAUUAAAAUGACCUAUUGGUUUUAGUUUAGCUAGAGUUUAUCUAUACACGUACUCGAUGAAAGAAAGUAUUGAAAAAGAAUGAAAAAAGUCAAAUAAAUUCACGAUUUUAUCGUUCA